AUGCGCGAGUGGGCAGGGAUCGAGGCGAACCUCGGCAAGUGCCGCAUGUGGAACCGGGGAGCACCGCGGCUCAUGGUACUUGGCACGCCCCUGGGCACCGCGGCGUUCGCGGCCCGGCUGACGCAGCAGAGGACGGACGAGGAGCGCAGCUUCCUACAAGAACUCCCCAACCUGCCAGACCUUCAGUGCGCUUGGGCGCUCCUGCUGUACUGCGCGGAGGCGCUACACGACCUCCUCGACUUCGACCCCGCGCCAGCUGAAGCAGAGAGGCUCUCCCGAGUGAGCUCGCUGCCGCUCGGCCUCGGAGGCCUUGGACUCAGGUCAGCCGCGCGCACGGCCGAGUGCGCGUAUUGGCCGUCUUGGGCGGACGCGCUCCCCAUGUUGCGACAAAGAAACCCUACAGCAGCAACGGAGCUCACCGCCGCCCUCCGCGCCGGGACAGGCGCCGCAGCCUCGUGCCUCCAGGAAGCUGAGCGCGCGAGGGCUCCCGCCGCCCGCGACGGCUUUGCGACGUGCCCAACUUGGCAGGAGGUCUGGGACGGCGCGCGCCCUGAACAGACAGAGCCAGAGCCGGGCGAGUGGAAGCACGGAUGGCAGUACCACGCCUCGGCAGCCCGAGAGCGGCGCUACAGGGAGGAGGUCGUUCUCCCGAGCCUCACGGACGACCAGCAGUGGAUGCUCGACUCGCAGGGAGGCCGCUGCGGCGGACGGCACCUGGCCCUGAUCCCCUCGACGCCAGAAAGCACGUUCACGCCAGAGCGCCUCCGGGCACUGCUCCAGAGACGGCUCCGCUUACCGCUGGACGCCACGGCAAGCAGGUGCAACGGGCGCUCCUGCCAGGCCCACUUGGGCGAGAGAGGCGACCACAGAGCAGCUUGCCCCCGCAGCGGACGCCUGCUGAAGCGCGGCGAUCCCAUCGAGCGGAUGUGGGCCUGGUUGUGCCGGGAGGCAGGAGGCCGUGUCCGCACCGACGUGCUCCUGCGCGACAUGAACCUCCCGGGCAUUGCCGCCAACGACGGGCGCCGCAUCGAGGUGGUGGCCAACGGCCUCCCUGCCUACCACGGCAGGCAGCUCGCCAUCGACGCCUGCAUCGUGUCCCCGCUGAGGGCCACGGGCAGGCCGAUUGCGCGGAGGCUCCGCCCAGGACUCGCGCUGAAACGGGCGAGGCGCCGCAAGCAAACGACUUACCCUGAGCUGGUGGGCUCGCGGCGGGGCGACCUGCUCGUAGCCCGAGCAGAGACGGGCGGCCGCUGGGACGAGGAGGCGUACGAGCUCUUCGUUACCCUGGCCCGCGCCCGGGCGAGGAGCGCGCCGGCGGCGCUGCGAGGAUCGCUUGCGACCGCGCUGCUGCACAUUUUU